UUGUGGUGACGUCAUAGGAUUAACACAUAAGUUCGGGAUAAAACAGCUCUCUUGGGCACACGGCAUAAAUGAGGUCCUUGUCUUGGCAUUGACAACAAGAUGUUUGGAACAGCCUUUUUAACGGUUCUCACAGCUCUGGUAGUUUUUUGUUCUGGUCUGGACCCAAAUGGGGACCAUGUCUGCAGUAGAACAGAUCGGGAAUCUUACCUACAGUCCACUGGGAAUGGGUACACUAUUGCAUACAGGGACAAGAUAACACAUGUUUGUUGUUCCGGUUGGAAGACAGGCAACAAUGAAGACUGUAACAUUGACAUCAACGAGUGUUUCUUGGACUUGGACAGAUGUGAUGACAACUGCAUCAACACAGACGGCUCUUACAGAUGCUCGUGUUCCCGCAGCGGCUACGAACUUGACAUUGAUGGAUUUUCUUGUAGAGAGGUCACUUCCGAUAACUGGCAGUUGACAGUUGGACUGGGCAUUGGCAUUCCAGGCGUAGGGAUCAUUAUCUUUGUAUGCCUUUGCUUAUGGUGCUGUGGUUGCUGUUGUUAAUACUAUAUUGCCUCGUGUGAUGUGCGUGUUUUAUUGUUUUGCCCUAGUGUACAUAUUUAUUUUACGCCGUACUCAAGAAUAUUUAACUUAUAUGAUGGCAACCAUGCAGCAUUGUUGGGGGGGGG